AUGAACGGCAAAAGCCAACCUGACGAUGAGACGGGGCUCCAGGGGCGCGAAAACAAAGAGGAUACGGUGGAGGUAGAGGCGACGGAGAAGGAGAGAGAGGGUACAAAGAAGGAAGAGGAAGAAGUCAAGAAGGAGGAGGAAGAGACAGAUGAUGUCAGGAACAGUGUCGGGUUCGCACUCCUGUUGAAGAUGGGAUGGAAGGAAGGGGAAGGACUGGGCCUGCACAAGCAAGGGCGGAGGGAUCCUAUCAUUGUGGACGCAGAGGAGCGAGAGCCGUACGCGGGGUUGGCGCAUGCGUCAGAGGUCAAUCCAUUCAGCAAGUUGAACUCCAACAAGAAAGCGAUCCACGAGCUAGAAUCAUGGGAGAUCGAGGAGAAGAGGAGGGAUUUCUUCAAGGGUUCGGACUCGUCCAUGUGGGUGUCUGCAGGUCUUCUGGAAGAUCAGGACAAGAACGUGAAGGGGAAGAGCAAUCAUGUCAGUUCUCCAACGAUCACCUCUUACAAGGACGCUUGGGAUGACAAGGUUGUAUCGGAAUGGAAACUACGUACAGAUGAAGAUUCACAUGAAGCAAGCUGGGAAGACUCAUGGGCGCACGUAAUGAAUCGCGAUCUUGAGAAGAUGACAAUCAAUCUCGAGCAUUUCUUUGCUUGCUGCCAUGUUGUGGGACCUUUUGUAAAGAUGUUGCAUAUGGAGACGACUGGAGAGAUUUUCCAGUCGAACAUCUGGGCAUCGAGCUCGAAAGAUCUGCAGAAUAUUUUGGAGCGAAAGCUAAGGAGCAGGUCCAGAGUAUUACGUCUGCACACAAGGAGGAUGAGGAGAUGCUGAACAAGGAAGCAACAAGAGUCUUUGGCUGCAACAUCUACGGGAAUGUCUAUCUCGUCUGCCGACAGGGGAAGCAAGUUGUAGACCUUCUUCUCUACGAUUACAUCCGCCAUGGACUUACAUGA